AUGGCAGCGUGGCUUGAUCUUGUCAAUGAGGAUGGAGCCUGGACUUUGGUCGAUACCAGUCGUCUGGAGGAGCUGGUGCAGGGAAUGCCAUCUCCGAAACGCCAAAGCCCAAGUUUGGUCUACUUUGCUGGAAGCUCGAAUCGCUUGAAAGCCCUGCGAGCUCUUAUACCCCACAACAAUGUCACUCGCAAAGGUCCUGCGGGUUGGAUCCGUCUUCACCUGUGUGGGAGAUCCGGUCAUACUGAAACCCCCGUCCUUUUUGCCGAGAGUAGCCUGCUUUCCGAAAAAAGCCAAGGCGACUCACGAUGGUCCACACAUCAUGCUAGCCAUCGACACCGGCGAUACGCGAUUCCAGAUGCCGAGAGUGUCUGUUCACCGGCAAAACUACACCAAGAAGUGAAAGCCCAACUCAUCCUGCCAUGGACCCAAAUUUUGUGCCUGUUCAUCGACUCCAAAUCCGACUUACAGUCUGCCCGAAAUCUGCUGCAGCAGCCACGUCGACAGCUUGCGAUUGGCGGCCAGCCUGUCUCCACAUCCAUGCGGAUAGUCAUCGUCUUGACCAAGCAAGAUGAUUCGCAUCCUACAUCAGCGCGGCAAUUCGCCGAUUUCGAAGCAUUUGCUGAGACUGGGGAGACCGUCGUCCUGGAUCUGCGUCCAAGAUGCGGCCUCUCCGAAACGGUCGCAUUCGAACCUCUUCGAACUCUCAUCGUGGAGCAGCUGUCCGCUAUUCGGGAUCAGCAAGAGUCCACCUGUCGUCGUAUCUCAGCAUCUCAUCUAGCUGCCUUCUGGAAGUCUUACAUCCAAAGCUACAAACGAUCCCUGAACGCACCACGCUUUGAUCUCUUGAUCGAAGCCCGGAGAGGCUAUCCCGAUGACAAGUCGAUGGGUCGCUUCCUCCGAGAGGGUGCCCAUACCGUCAUGUACUCUGGCUGCGCCGAGGACGAGAUGCAUGUCUUUGUGGCCUCGGCCUUCCUGAUGCAUGCGUACCCCCCUGGAAUGCACGGUUUCUCCCCGCCCAUCGUCUUUGCCGCAUUGUAUGAGAAGCAUUGUGUCGAGAUCUCGCAGAACGGUGCCUCUGACGGUCACUCCGACGGUAUUUUAUCGUAUUUCAGUCAGCAAUUCCUGCAAUUGGACACCAACAACACAUCUGCGAUCGUUCGAAAAAAUGUACUGCAUCGGUUCUUUUGCCGAUGGGGCGGCCUUCAAUCCACCACGACCUGCUUGGUGUGCUUGUGUCGGCCUCCCGAACACAUGAUGCCAUGCAAGCACGCACUCUGUGACACCUGUGUUGUGAUCUUUGGCAAGUCGAGUUCUAGUGGCGAGUAUCAUUGGGACCUCACUGAAUGCCCCGUGUGCGGUGAGCCUUUCCUCGUCAGUAUACGCCAAUUACCCCCUACUAAGCACCCGGUGAUCCUCAGUCUUGACGGUGGGGGCGUCCGCGGCCUGAUCCAACUGGGCCUUCUGCAAGCGCUGGAGAAACGCAUUGGCCUGCCGAUCGCGUCUCUCCCCGACCUGUGUCUUGGAACGAGUGUUGGGGCGUUGACAGCGAUUGAUAUAUUUUUGAACCAUUCUUCGGUCGAAAAUUGUGUACAGGCGUUCCCAGACCUGGCGCGAAAAAUAUUCCGUCGCUCACGGGGCCCGGUGCCGCGAUUCGUUCGAUGGUUGGCUUCUGCGUUCAACUUGAUCCCCAGUAGCCUCUAUAAUUCGCAGGGACUAUCGCAGACUUUCAGGGAGGUGGUAGGCCUAGACCGCCGUCUAUUCGACGUGAAUACGGCCAACCCGGCUGGAUGUCGGAUUGCCGUCGUGGUCAGUCGCACGUCCGACGGCAAGGCCUGUGUGCUGGCAAAUUACCGAGGCACGGGCCCGCGCCGUGGAAACUCCGCCUACCAAUUUUUAGCGCCCGAUGACGAACAAGAGAAUCCUUUUCUGUGCGACAUAGCCGAGUGCAGUGUCGCAGCGCCCUUCUAUUUCCAGCCAGGACGUCUGCCCGGCUUCGGCUCUUUUCAGGAUGGCGGGGUACGCGCGAACAACCCGCUUGCCAUUGCGUUGAGGGAGUCUGGCAUCAUUUGGCCGCGUGCGAAACGACAUGAUCUUCUCUUGUCGGUGGGCACCGGGUUCACCGCGCCUGCUCUCGAUCAUGGCUUGCGACACAAGGCCUGGGACGGUGCUCUCCCGCGGCUCUUCCGCGCCACAAUGUCCUCGCCCUCCAUGGACGGACAACAGGGGUUUUCUGAAGCACUGAAUUACCUGCCGCACGGGUCAAAACCGGAUGUUCUUCGCCUCGAUCAGGCCAUCCCCGCUCCGCUCCCCGAGCUAGACGACAUCAGCGCGUUGCAAGAGUUAUCUGAGAUGAAGAUUCUCGUUCCAGAUGAGCUGGUGAGGAUGGUGCUCGCGUCGGCAAUGUUUUUCUUCGAAUUCGACGCGACUCCCGUUCCUGGACCGGUCGGAUUCCACUGCGAAGGGUCUAUCCUGUGCUCACGGCCGGGGGUUGGCGAAAUUCUCGCGCGUAUCUCGAUUGAAAUCCCUGGUGCAAAGUUUCAAGCUGGUCGGGAUCAAGUCCUGGGGGAUGUAGACCUACAUGACUGCUGCAAUUCCUGUGGGUAUUAUAGGAAACGCGUCGCCUUUCACAUUGCCAGCCUGGAAGAGCGUUUCUCCAUCAACAUCGUCAAUGGUAGUUGUUGUGAAAAAAUUGGUGGAUUCCCAAAGUCCGCAGAGGAAUUCCUCGAUGCGCAGCAGGCGUUUGCUCAUUUUGGCCGCGCGGACCACCAAACGCCAUCAUGGCCACCCGUGAGGCAUUGCUACUGUGCUUAUGGGGUGAAAAGGACGAUUCGGUUCCUGGAACCUUCGUCGCGGCAGAAGCGAAGGCGGCUGUGA